CCAGCAGCAGCAGCAGCCCGCACGUGCUGCGUGCUCGCCCCUGCUCCGCUCGUCUCGUGCGCGUCGCCAUUGGUGUGGGAUGAUGUCAUCCACAGCCGAGACAAUAGAGCCCUCCUCCUCCUCCUCCUCAUUCUCCCCCAGUCAGCGUCUCCUCGCCACGCGCGCACCGCGGCUCGGCGUGACACACGCUCGGACGUGACGCCAGCUGAGUGAGCCGAGCGCUUCUGGUGACAUUCGCUGCCGCAGUCGGUUCGGUCCGGAGCCCGACGGAGCCGCGCGCCUGCCGCUCAGACCGGCGCUCUCCUCUGGAAAAGUGUCACACAUCUGGUCCGAGCGCACUCGACCCACCGGCUCGGUCCACGGCGCGAGGCAAUGAGGGAUUUGUGACUGGGCUGCGCGUGAGCGAUGAACACACAGCGGGGACUCUUGACCUUUGCAUAAACCCAGAUGCCUCCCCUUCCUCUUGACGAGCGCAUAGUGGUCAUUCAGCGCCCCAAAAACGUGUGCGAGGCUUCCCCACAAACCAUCCCACAGCAUUCCUCUCAAAUAUCAACCUCCAGCAAUGGACGGGUUUCCCAGCCUUCGCAUCUCCACGCGUCUCAUUCCCAUUUUUACUCACCCGCGUGCAAACCUGUGAGUGUGGAAUGCAAGCGCAGGUCAUCCCGGGUGCAGAGAUUCAAGGGCGACCAGCCUGUCAUCCCAGCAGAUGUCCUUCACAUCCCGAGCCACUGCCAUAGCAAUGGCACAGUAACACUCGCCCCACGGCUUCCCUCCCACACACAUACUAUUGAUAUCAAGGUAUCGGUGGACAAAGGGAGACGGGGAGGAUUAAGUAACUCGUUAGGGCGUGCUGGAAGUGUAAAAGGUGGCAAAGGGAAAUGCGUCUCUUCCCAGUUUGAUCAAGGACAAUGUGAGAGAAAAACCGGAAGCUUUGGGAGGCCCUGUGGAUUCGAGCAUAAGCCACAACAAGUCCGUCAGCUGUCAUCGUCCCCUGGAGGGAUCCUCCAGUUUGUCCCUGCUCAGGCAAACCAGCAUACAUUCAGGGGUGAAAAGGAGAAAGAAAACUCCAGUUUUCAUUACAGAGGUGACCAGGAAUUUCCCUCUUUGGGUCACAGGAAAAGUUCCAAGCUGGGAACUGUUCAUCAAAGCCAUAAUAGCCACAGUCUGCCCUUCCACCACCACUCUGUUCCUGUUCCCCAUGCUGCCAUCCUAAACUCCACCUAUCCUUCGUCUCCCCCAUCCCAAACAACUCAUGUCCCAGUGUCCUUUCAGCAGCUUAACCAAUAUCACCCUCCUCGCACAAGGGAUCACCGCCCUCACAUUCUUCAUGGUCUUCCGCUGUCCCCUUGCUCCUCCCGUGUCGGAGGGUUCCCUAGUCCAGACCACACUUGUACCAUUGACUGUGCGCACCCAUUCAACUGUGGCUGCUGGAGGUUGGUAAGAUGCACAGGAUGUAAAGGAGACUCUUCCAGUUACCAAGGAGGUGGAGGAAGCACUUCUACCUCAUUUUCCUGUGGCCAUAAUGUCGGCGCAGUGAAGAGAGGAAGUAAAGACAUGGGCCUGAAGAAUCUGGGUGGCUGUCUCUCCACAGCUUCCACAUCUAACACUUCCUCAUCUAACAGCACUGCUUCUGAUUGUCGAGCAGCUCUGUUCAAACCUUUACCUUGUGCCUCCUGUGGCGGAGAAGCUGGAAACUUUGAGAGUCCUGCUAUCCUUCGGAAGAAGCUAGUAGGAGGAUGCCUUCCCUGUACUUCUCUGUCGUCUUCAACCCCUCUGCGGGCGAUCCAAAGCUGCGUGUCUGGUUGCAACAACAAAGCAUCUCAGACUGGCAGUUCUUCCUGCAGCUACUGCAGCAGCGACCCGAUAGUGGUGACGUUCAACCCUCGCCGGGGAAAACCUCCUGGAAGAAGCUUAGGACCAACUCAUCCAAUGGCUAUGCUACAAGCUGACGAUGAUGACUACAGCGUGCGCACCAUCUGGCCUGAGGAACUGGCCAAGAAAAUGACCCAUUCUAAAGCCCAAAAGAACAACUAUGCUGGGAUGGGUGUUGGGAAAAGCUCUUCUAGCCAGACCCAGAAUGGCAGUAACGUACCCGGCCUUGCCCUCUUGGACUGUCAGAAUCUUCAGGAAUACACUGAGACUAAUUUCACAGACCAUGCCGGCCGACGACGGCUUCAGCAAGGCAAAAUGGCUGCCCUUGGUUUUGUAGGCAGCAGGUUGGGAUCUAACUACGACGAUGGCCGUAACUCGUUGAAGAGGCUCCUGAAUAAAGGAGAAGAUGUUGGAAUGAGCGACAGUCCUGAGCACGGCCAAGCUUAUCCACGGUCGCCCUCUCCCCGCUCUGUGUCUCCACCAUCACCUGUGUCCUUUUCCCCUCCUCCUUCAGCCCCCAGCACACUCAUCAAACCCAAACCCUGGCAAAGAGAAAGGGAGGGAGGACACUCUCUGCCGUCGGCUCAGUCCCUUCACCUGGCCCUGAACUCCCUUAACAGAGAGCAAGAUGAGGAGAACAACCGAAUGAGGCUGUCUUUGCCACUCUCCUCAUCGUUGCCUGCUUCCCUGUCCGAUGAAACUGUGAUGACUCCCGAUGCGGAGAAUGCCGUCAUCAGCCCAAUCCUGCCCUUCCUGUUCCUGGGGAACGAGAGAGAUGCCCAGGACCUGGACCUGCUGCUACGCCUCAACAUUGGCUAUGUGGUAAAUGUGACCACACACCUGCCCCUCUACCACACCACCGCGGGACUGCGCUACAAAAGGCUCCCAGCCACUGACAACAGCAAGCAAAACCUUCGCCAGUACUUCGAGGAGGUGUUUGAGUUUAUUGAGGAGGCAUAUCAGAGUGGACAGGGUGUGUUGGUUCACUGCCAGGCAGGUGUGUCUCGUUCUGCAACCAUCGUCAUUGCCUACCUUAUGAAGCACACCCUCAUGACGAUGACGGACGCCUACAAGUACGUCCGGAGCCGUCGGCCCGUGGUUUCGCCCAACCUGAACUUCAUGGGUCAGCUCUUGGAGUUUGAGAGGGACCUCAACUCUGGGGUGACUCCUCGGAUCUUGAUGCCUAAACUAAAUGGUGUGGAGACGCAGCCGCAGGGCCGAUCGAUCGGAGCGGCAGAGAGGUUGAAACGAGCUCAGCAUCCGCCUGAUGUAACUUCCUCCCUCAGGCGAGCCCUGCUGCACCGACUCUGCUGCCUGCGACCGCUGGCGGUGUUUAAAAUGCCGGUUUUAGGCUUUGACGCUUUUGAGCCGAGGCGGGAUAGUGACGCAUCGUUCAGCUUGGCAGGAAUAUCAUACGGGAUGAAAGGAGACACCCCAGUGAACAGCACCAUGAGUGUCGGCCAAGCCAGGAAGCUGGUGGAGCAGCUGAAGAUCGAGGCCAGUUUCUGUAGGAUAAAGGUAUCGAAGGCGGCGGCCGACCUGAUGGCGUACUGCGACGCGCACGCCUGCGAUGACCCCUUGAUCACCCCGGUGCCCACCUCAGAAAACCCUUUCAGGGAGAAGAAAUUCUUCUGUGCUCUGCUUUGAGACAAAUCAGGGAUUGUUAUUGAUUCAAAGUACAUGUACGGUAUGUACAUGUAUGUGCAAGCGCGUACGUGUACAUCCAACUCAAACAAGACGUCGGUGUACUAUAGUAGCCUCGCAUAAAACAAAAAAAAAGCUGCCAAUGUACAGUUAAGGAUCAUCUACGAUGUGUCUUGAUCUAAAUUUCUUGAAUCUGGCAAAUUUCUGCAAAGGGGGGGGGGGGGGGGGAGGAGGAUUUGAGCCAAAAAUGCGAACGCCUCAUUAAUGAAGAUGCUAUAGAUUCUAAGCUGUCAUCUGAUUUCAAACACGUACAUCUCAUGCUCGAAGAAGCUACAAGUAACUGCUAAAAUGGGCAAAAUAUUCAUCCAAUAUUAGUUUUGAAUACGUCAUAAUUCAGCUUAUAGCUUUCCGUGGUGCUAUAUGUUCAGAAAUUAUAGGUGAAGUUUGACAUUUAACCCCUAAACAUUAAUUUUUUCUUUAGUGGUUUCUUAUGUAUGCUGAUGAUAUUGAGCUUUUUCUACCAGAAGGUUCAAGCUACGUGUUUUGGUAUUUUUGGCAGUUACUUGUACCAGUUAAAGACAACAGCUGUUUAUGAACAUCAGCAUAUAAUUUAUCAGUUUUGUCAAGACUUAACGUCAUGCUUAUUUAUAGUAUCGCCGUGGCGUGGAUGUUGAACCACGCGCGCGCGUGUGUGGCUGCGUGCAAGGCUAGUUGCUACUGUGAAAGCUAAGCAACAAGUCCAAGUAUUUGAGCUCUGUAAAUUGGAGAUUUUAUAGUUCGAUAGCACACUGACCCUAUUACAGCUCAUUCCAGUGAUUAAUUAAGGACAUUUGACGUGAACUCAAAGAAGCGAAAAUAAGCUACUACAUUAAAUUUGUUGUGUAUGAAUCAUUUUCUAUUUCCUUAGAGCACAAAAUAGCUACGGCAGUUACGACGUACUCUUGCAGACAGGCGUGUGUGGCCAUCUAGACGAGAGAGAAAAGUUCCUGUGCAGAGAGCCCGCCUCUUCCAAAGUGUUUUCAAUGGUGUUCAUUUAACAGGCUACUUGUGUUUCAAAUCCCUGUGUAAAAAAAAACCAAAAUUAUCUCUGGCAUCUGGAAUUUUGUGACCAUCCCCCUUGCAUUGUCGGUACUUUGCAAACAUCAAAUCUGGAAAGGGGAAAAAAAAAAUUUAAAAAUGUGGCGGAAAAUCUUAUCCUGGAAAAUGAAGCACUGAAAUAAAACUUCUUGUCAUCAAAGAUUAAA